UGUGAGUUUGCGCGUGAGUUAGGCGCUGCUGAUGUGCUGAGUGUGUUGGAUGAUGGCUGCGUCUAAGCCCCUAGAGCCACAGUCCGGGAGUGGGCUCCCCCGCUGGCAGCUGGCACUUCUCGUAGGGACUCCUAUCGUCCUCGGAGUCGGAGCGGUGUACCUCUGGAACAGAAGCCGUGGCAAGGACAAGCAAGGGAAACGGAAUGGAGAGAGGAAAACUCCCGAAGGAAGCGCUAGCCCCGUCCAGGGCCAGAUCGGUGCGACCAACCCAGAGCUAGAGAAUAUGAGUCCGCUUGAUAGAGCACAGUCUGCUAAGAAUAAGGGCAACAAAUACUUUAAGGCUGGAAAAUAUGAGCAGGCGAUCCACUGCUACACAGAAGCCAUUGGCCUGUGCCCCAAAGAACAGAAGGGAGACCUUUCCACCUUCUAUCAGAAUAGAGCUGCAGCCUAUGAGCAACAGAUGAAAUGGACAGAGGUGAUACAGGACUGUUCUCAGGCAGUGGCGUUGAAUCCUCUCUAUGUGAAAGCCCUUUUUAGACGUGCCAAAGCACUGGAAAAACUGGAUAACAAGAAGGAGUGUCUAGAAGAUGUGACUGCUGUAUGUAUUCUGGAGGCCUUCCAGAACCAGCAGAGCAUGCUACUGGCAGACAAGGUGCUGAAACAGCUGGGAAAAGAGAAGGCCAAAGAGAAGUACAAGAACCGGGAGCCCCUUAUGCCAUCUCCUCAGUUCAUCAAGUCCUACUUCAGCUCCUUUACCGAUGACAUCAUCUCACAGCUGCUACAGAAGGGGGAAAAGAAGGAUGAGGAUAAAGACAAAGAGGGCGAGGCCUCAGAGGUCACAGAAAGCUCAAGCUACCUUAAGGCUAAGCAGUAUAUGGAGGAGGAGAACUAUGAUAAGAUCAUCAGCGAGUGCACAAAGGAGAUUGAGUCUGGAGGCAGGUACACAGCUGAAGCUCUUCUGCUGAGAGCCACCUUCUACCUGCUGAUUGGCAACGCUACAGCUGCACAGCCUGACCUCGACCGUGUCAUCAACAUGAAUGAUGCCAGUGUCAAGUUGCGUGCUAAUGCUCUCAUUAAACGUGGAAGCAUGUACAUGCAGCAGCAGCAACCCCAGCUCUCCACACUGGACUUUAAUAUGGCUGCAGAGAUUGAUGCCGAUAAUGCAGACGUCUACCACCACAGGGGACAGUUGAAAAUUCUGCUGGAUCAGGUGGAGGAGGCUGUUGGAGAUUUUGAUGCAUGUAUAAAGCUUCGACCAGACUCUGCGCUUGCUCAGGCCCAGAAGUGUUUUGCAUUGUACCGACAGGCCUACACUGGAAACAACCCAUCCCAGGUUCAGAAAGCUAUGGAUGGCUUUGAGGAUGUCAUUAGGAGGUUUCCAAUGUGUGCAGAGGGCUAUGCUUUGUAUGCACAGGCACUGACGGACCAGCAACAGUUUGGUAAGGCAGAUGAAAUGUAUGACAAGUGUAUUGAACUAGAGACUGACAAUGCCACAACAUAUGUCCACAAAGGGCUAUUGCAGCUCCAGUGGAAACAGGAUCUAGAAAUGGGCCUUGAUCUCAUAAGCAAAGCCAUUGAAAUUGACAACAAAUGCGACUUUGCUUAUGAAACUAUGGGAACCAUUGAAGUCCAAAGAGGCAACCUGGACAAAGCUAUUGACAUGUUCAACAAGGCUAUCAACUUGGCUAAGUCAGAGAUGGAGAUGGCCCAUCUCUAUUCUCUGUGUGAUGCUGCUUAUGCCCAGACCGAGGUAGCAAAGAAGUAUGGACUCAAGCCUCCCACACUAUAACUCUGGGUUUCUUCCAUCAGACUGUAUUGGAGGACUGAAAAGUGGCUCAGAAAAUGAUGGGGUAAUGGCGUAUGGAGCAGCAAAAGCAAAAAAAAAAAAAAAAAAAAAAAAAGAUUAAAAGAGAA